AUGAUAAAUUAACAGCCAAAUUAGGAAAUAGAGGAUUUGGAUUCUGAUGAUGUUGAUAUCAUAUUCAGAAGAAUCAAAAUAAUAUUCUUUUUUAGUCUAUUACAGUUAAUAGUUUCAGGAGGAUUAAUGUACUUGCAUCUGGGGUUUAUUAAUUAUAUGAUAGUGGAUGGAAUCGGAAUAGUGUAUUCACUUUUAUUGUAAGCCAUUCUAAGUAAACUAGAGAAUGUUUUGGUCCUAUGAUUAAAAUCGAAAAACAAUUUAAGCAUAGUAACAACACACUGAGACUACAAACAAUUUCUUAACCAGAUUUUAAUUGGUCUUCAGUGUUACCUUAACAACUGUAUUUAUUUAUGAAUUUAUGGGAUUCCUAUUGAUAACAAUCUAAGAACAAGCGAUGCAGGACUUAAUCAUCUUUUUAAUAAUCAUCGGAUUUUCAAUUUAAAUUUUAAUAUAAAUAGUAAUUCUAAUAACGAAUAGUUACUUUUGUAAAUCACCAAAUGUAUUAAGAUUAUCAAUUUAUUUCCAAAGGUAUUCAACAUUAAUAUAAUUUAAGUCUUACACUUUCCCUUGUGAUUUUUUUGAGUUGGAUUAAAAUAUAUUAGGUUUAAGAAUUACCCUCACAAUUAUAAACAGCUGAUUAUUGGAUUGAAUGGAACACAUUACUUUAAAUCCCUACUCUUAUAUUUUUGGCUACUUCAAUGUUAUUCAAUUAUAUGGGCAAUAAAAAGGCAUAUAAUAUUUUUGGAACUGUGUUCUUGCUUUUAUCCAUCUUGCAUACUGUUUUUGGUUGCUUAGUAAUUAGAAAUGGAUAAUUUUGGGUUCCAGCUAAUGAUUAAUUGGCUUUGAGAGCCUUACACAAUGACAUUAUUGAAGAUUUGGAUUGUGUCAAAUAUAUCAACAAUGAACAAUGUCCUUUAGUAUAUUAGGUGGAGGCCUGGGAGUAUAACAAUGAACUGAAAUGUUUAUCAUCACUAUGUGAAGAUAAAGCAAUAAAUUUUGUCAAGAAUCUAAAUUUACUAUUAGGUUUAGUAUUUCUUUUUGAAGCUUCUUUGCUUUUUAUGAAUACGUAUGCUAUGUAUACAGUUUCGGUCAAAUAUCAAAUCAGUAAGUUGCUUAAUCCACUCACAUAGAAGAUAGUUAUAAGCUUAUUUUUCUUAACAACAAUAGUUGGGAUUGUAUGGUUAGAAUCAAUCCCUUUGCCAAAGAUUCAGACUUAGCCAUCUAUGUACCAUUCAAUUGAAUCGGAUAUGCUACCAGAAUUUAAUUAAGUGAACUUUAACCAAAUUGCAAACAGCUUUAAUUUAUAAGAUUGUUAAACAAUAAAUUAAUUAUAAUCAAUUAAUGAAUUUCAAGCUUUUAAUUGCGAUACAAGUUGUGAAUAAUAUGAAUUUAUUGUUGCAUUAACAAGCGAAAAUAGUUUAUUCAAAUAAUUAGAACCAAACUCAGUAAAAACAUUUAAUCAGGAGUUUACAAAUCAAUAUUUCAACAGAAAGGAUAUUCAUCAAUAACUUGUUAUCAAAGGGAAUAAGAAUUCAGUUAUUUAAGGGCUUAAUAAUAUUUAGGUGUGUUCUGAUAAUUCGUAAAUUUAAAUGGAAGUUUAAGUGGAAUAAGUAAAAUAAUAAAAAAAUAGAUUACUUUAAAGUAAUUUAUAGUACUAACUUAAAUUAUUAAAUGUAGAAUUGAAAUUUAUGGACAUUUUAAGCAAUAGAUUAAUAAAAAAAGGAACUUAUAGAGUGUAUAAAGAAUUCAUACAAUGUGCUCACAUAAAAGAUCAACCUUAUUUUCAAUAAUCAAUAGAUGAUGAGAACAUAAUAUACAAUAUUAAAAAAGGAUCAUAUAUAACAAUAGAGUUUUAAAAUGAAAAAUAUUUUGAUUAUUGUGGAAAUUUCUUAAUUUCAGAAGAAAAACUGACCAUUAGUCCGUAUAAAUUGAAUAACAAUAAAUUUACGGUAAUAAUCAAGUGGGAAAAUGAAUAAGAAACACCAGUUUACUUAAUUGCAAACCAAAAAAUAGGAAAAAAUUUGAGUUGCCAAGUUGGAGGCUAUUUCACUGGUUGUGGACACAUAAAAAGCAAAUAAAACAAGAAUUGUAAUAAUUAUUUAAUACUUUUAGAUUCUUUACUUUAAUUCUAAGAAUACAUCAAUAAUGCUAUAAUAUUCUUGCAAGAUUAUGAAGUAAAUAAUUAUAAUUCUUUGUCUUUGUCUAUUAAUAUAUAUUUUAAUGGAGUCUCUAAUACAAGAUAUGUAAAUUAUUAGAGAUCAAAAAUAUUAAAGAUAUUAUGCAUAGAUAAUCAUGGCAAUUUUAAAAUAGUUUAAGAAAUUGACAACAAUAAUUUAUAUCCAAAAACUUGUUGA